ACAGCACAUUAGCAUCCUCUCCAGUGUGUCCGGCCCCUGUUACCAUUCCACACCAAGCUUUGGUACCGGGGGGAUUGCCUUUUUAGGAGACACCUGAUCACUCACCACCGCCCAGCUCAAUGAAGCUGAGGCUGAUAACACGAUGCUUUCGUGUUUGCCCGCCCUUAAGAGUUUGUCUGCUAGAAACUAAUGAGAAACUACAAGAGAGCUGCGAGGAUGGGGAAGGCAGUAGAGCUCUGAUGUGUCACGAACAAAGGAAAAUGGGAGUUUUGACAAAAACCUCGAGAGCUGGAGAAGCUUUUUGAACUUCUUUAGGAUGUUUUGGGGGAAGAAAGUUUGAUCUGUUUCUUGUUUUUUGAGGUAGUAAAGUACACCUAAAAGGACCCAGAUCAAAAAGCAGCAUGGAGAAAUUCAAGGCAGCCAUGGUUUUAAGUGCUGCAGGAGAUGCCUUGGGCUACAGAAAGGGCCGUUGGGAAAGGUGCACCUCGGGAAAGAUAAUCCAAGAGGAACUGGCCUCUCUGGGGGGACUGGCGGCCCUAAAACUGGAUCCUGAUAACUGGCCCCUAAGUGAUGCUGCGCUGAUGCACAUGACCACAGCAGAAGCACUUGUAACAGAUUACUGGUGUCUGGAGGACCUGUACAGAGAGCUGGUGCGUCUCUACGUUGAAGCCGUGGUGUCUCUCCAGGGCCGAGUCCCUGAUCCCGCCACAGUGGAGAACUGUGCUCAUCUCAAACCUUACAACUUUCUGCUUGCCUGGCACACACCUUUCAAUGAAAAAGGGUCUGGGUUCGGUGCAGCUUCCAAGGCCAUGUGUGUGGGCAUGAGAUACUGGCAACCAGAGAGAUUAGAUAGCUUGGUGGAGGUCAGCAUUGAAGCUGGAAGAAUGACUCACAACCACCCUACAGGCUUUCUAGGUUCCCUGACAACGGCACUAUUUGCAUCCUACGCCAUCCAGGGAAAACCUCUUGUGACAUGGGGUCGUGAGCUCUUGAAGGUCAUCACACGAGCUGCGGAGUACUGCAGGAAAACCAUACGGCACAUGGCAGAGUAUCAGGAAAACUGGUUCUACUUUGAGGCCAAGUGGCAGUUUUACCUUGAAGAGCGAGAGAUUGAUAAGGAGGGACACAACAAAGCUUUGUUCCCUGAUCGCUAUGAUGCUGAGGAAACAGACAAAAUGUACAAGCGUUGGAGUUCAGAGGGCCGCGCAGGCCGGAGAGGCCACGAUGCCCCCAUGAUUGCCUAUGACGCUCUUCUGGCCGCAGGAAGUGACUGGGCUGAGCUGUGCAAACGAGCCAUGUUCCACGGAGGUGAGAGUGAAGCCACGGGCCUGAUUGCGGGAUGUCUUUAUGGCCUCCUGCACGGCCUGAGCCAGGUUCCCCCAGGUCUGCACCAGGAUGUGGACAAAAGAGAACGCCUGGAGGAGCUGGGAGAGGCGCUGUUCAAGGCAUCAUCUGCAGAGAAAUGCAUAGACAAACAAAACUCUCAGAAAACUGCUAACAUCCCGGAUGCCAGUAUGUUGAAGAAGUUGAUUAGAGAUCCAAAAUGCCGUCCGGUGCUCCGUGGGAUUCUCGAGAGUCUCCUGCAAUACCUGACACAGGAUCUGCCCAAGUGGAUCACCAGAAAUAGAAACUCGGAAAAGCCAGAUGUAGAUAAUAUAUCACAAAGAAACGCAAGAAACAAACAUCGUUCUGAACCAAGAAAUGAGUCUUCAGUGAAAAUGGCUCAAAUUCAGAGAAACUGUGAAAUUGUUCACCUGCCUGAACCGGAAAAAAUAACCAGAGGGAAAACUGCUGAGACAAGUUCAAACCUCUCGGAAAAGCGCUGGGUGGAGACGCAAAGAAACAAAGGAAAUCAUACAGCAGGAGACUUAAUACCCCGACGCCUUACCACAUUCCAGCUGCUCCAGUCCAAAUUCAUAAGAUCCACACCCAAACCUCCCAUCACCCAUCAGAGGGAGGUGGGAACUCUCCCCUGCAGUAGAGGAUUGCUGGGUAACAUGAACCGAGACAGCGAGGAUGGCACGCAGAAGAGGGAACGAGCCAAAAGACAACGGAAGAAAGAAGGCGGCGUGAAGGAUAUGGUGGCCAAGUUUGCCAUGGCUGAGCAAAAAGAGCAGAAAGUGCUGAAUAAACAGCCGGUCAAACCAAGACUCAUUGGAAGAGGGAUCCUCUUAUCUUCCAUUAUGGAGAAGUUCGAGACCAUGGCCACUGUGUGUCAGGGAAGUGAUUUAAAGAUUUCUCAUGAAAGGAGUUCUCAAGGAGUCAAAGUGGCAGUUAAUGUAAAAGACAAGGUAGCUUCUCUUGAAAGAGAACAGGAGGGCGUCCAAAGUGUCCACAAACCAAACACAGAGAAUCAAAUUCUUCUCGGGCCGGAGCCGAAAGAAGAUGAAAUUAGAAAUGUGCAGGAUGACAGGAAAGAUCGGGCACACUCACACUCGGGUGACAGAAAAGAUUUGACGGCAGAGCAAAUGGGAGAGAAGAGCUUAGAUGAUGAGGUUUGCUGCUCAUUAAAACAUGUGAAGGCUCAAGCUUAUGAUUUCAGCGUCCAACGGGAAGAAUGUGAUGAUGAAGAACAUUGUAGCAACAACAGACUAAAAUAUGCACAUGUAGAGCUGCUCUGUUCAGCUUCUGUGACAGAGUGGUCGUUCCCAGAACCUUACAGGCUCUUGCCUCAGGUAGAGUUUCCACUCAAGUGGCAUGUGGUGACAAUCAGGACCUGCUCUCCUGUGUGGUCCAUGUGUGUAGAUUCCUCUUUCGAGCAGUUAGAGCAGGAAAUCAGUCCAAAUAGUUCAGAAUGCCCAAAACAGGACAAGACAGCGAGGAUAACAACAGCUAGUCCUGGUGGAGAUGUGCAACAGUCUCUCAGUGAAUCAGCUGCAGGUGAAUCCUCCAUUGCUAUAACCAAAGGCAAUGCAAAACCCAGUAUGAAGGAAUUUUCUACACACGCACACAUCGACACCAAUCACAACAUAGAAGCAAAUCCCCGAAGACCUAUGGCAGUUCAAAGCAGGUUGCCCAGGUAUGUCAUCCCACGUGUUUACAGUUUUGGUUAUCAACAAGGUCCCGAUCAGAAUAAUCCCUCCUCUCAAUUAGCUCUGCCCCCACAAAUCAUAAAUCCUAUCGAUCCACUUCCACCAACGCAAUCUGAUAUGUCUUUGGCUGCUCUUAGCACUGCACUAAAGACGCUGGAGAACUUUCAAGACACUAACCCAAGCCUGCGUAAUGGCAUCAGCCUCCCUACACACAGAAGAGGAACAGCAGCAGAGGGUGAAUCACAAGAAAGAGACGGGGAGGUCGAAGAGGAAACAAAAGCAGCAAAACCAGUGGACAGUAAAGGCACAAGUACGAUGCAGAGCGUUCGACUUUUAGAAGAUGCUGCCAGUAAGGAAACGUUUGAAGACAGUCAGGUCUCUGCUGUAACUUUACCUCAACACAAGAGAGAGGAUGCAAAGCAGAGACCGAAGUACACGACAAUCAACUACGGGGAUCCAUCAGUCAAGCAAACAUAUAAACCCAAAGUUAUACGAUUUACUGACACCUUCACGUUCUAGACUGAUAAAUUCAUGUUUUCAGUUUGCCCUGACAAUACUGACUUACAAAUGAACCACCAGGUAACUAGUAUUAUUCAAUUAAUAUUAUAAACAGCAAAUUAGCUGCAAUCCACAGGCUCAUACAAACUAGGAAAAAGUCAAAGUCUAGUGCCGUUGGGUAUCUUCUGUCAUAUUUAUGGUAUAUUACAACAUACAAUAUCCCUCCCAAGAAUACUAACAUUUUUACUGAUAGACCAAAUGUGUGUCAUGGUUGAGUUGUUGCCAUUUAAAUCUGUGCGCAGACAAACAACACUGAUGUUACACUCAUUUGUCUUUAAACUGCUUUUCUUUCUGAAGCUGUGGUCUGACUGAAUUUACUGUAAAUGUGCUCAAUGAAAUGUUCAGGAACUGUACAGUACACACUGCUGUUUAAGUUUAACUGUAUUCUGUCUACAUAUUUUACAUGCAAUACCCCUUUAAUGCAAUAUCCCUUCUAUUUGUCCAUGAAUAAAAUGAAACAACACAGUAUUA